CACACACACCCCCGAAAACACCUCAGAUUACCAAAAUAACAGGAUACGAAAGAAACCCGAUUCAGCCAUUAGAGCUCUCAUGAGAGCUUCGCUCACAAAUCCCAUCUAUCAUCACUGUAACAACAGGAAUCCCCAGAAAAAGAAACCCAACAAUGUCAUCAUCAAAGAAAGAAGCCCUUUUCAUAUUAUCACUCAUAAUUCUCUGGUACUCCUCAAAUAUUGGUGUCCUCCUCUUAAACAAGUUCUUGCUCUCCAAUUAUGGCUUUGUCUUCCCAAUCUUCCUCACAAUGUGUCACAUGACAGCCUGUGCUGUUCUAAGCUACAUUUCAAUUGUUUUCUUGAAAGUUGUUCCCUUUCAAAAGAUCAAAUCUAGGUCUCAGUUCUUGAGGAUUGCAAGUUUGAGCAUUGUGUUUUGUGGGUCUGUUGUUGGUGGAAAUAUUUCCCUUAGGUACCUCCCUGUGUCUUUCAAUCAGGCUGUGGGUGCGACGACGCCAUUUUUUACAGCAUUGUUUGCCUAUUUGAUGACCCUUAAGAAAGAAGCUUGGGUUACAUAUGCUGCGCUUGUACCAGUUGUUGCUGGGGUUGUGAUUGCAAGUGGGGGCGAGCCAAAUUUUCACUUGUUUGGAUUCAUUAUGUGCAUAAGUGCAACUGCUGCAAGGGCCUUGAAGUCUGUUCUUCAGGGUAUUCUACUUUCUUCUGAAGGGGAAAAGUUAAACUCCAUGAAUUUGCUGCUCUAUAUGUCCCCAAUAGCUGUUCUAGUUUUGUUGCCUGCCACAGUUGUGAUGGAGCCCAAUGUGUUGGAUGUCACCAUAUCACUUGGCAUGAAACAUAGAUUCAUGUGGCUACUUCUUUUGGUUAAUUCGGCAAUGGCUUAUUCUGCCAACUUGACCAAUUUCCUGGUGACUAAGCAUACAAGUGCACUAACACUCCAGGUAUUAGGCAAUGCCAAAGGUGCUGUUGCUGUCGUUAUCUCAAUACUCCUGUUUCGAAAUCCAGUCACCUUUGUUGGGAUUGCUGGUUAUUCGUUGACAGUUAUGGGGGUGGUUGCUUAUGGAGAAGCCAAAAGGAGACACAAAUGAUCGAUUACACGACCAUGUUUUUCCUUUUCUCAUUCCAUUGUUACUUUGCCUGCUCAAACAGGCAGCAUAGAGAGAUCCUCAUUUUUUAUGUCAUAGUUGAUU